AACGGUGUUGCAGCAACCGGUUGCUUCUUUUGCCCGGAGGAUGCCUACUCAUCUCUUCCCACUCAAACCUACACAUUUCUCCUUUUUCUCCAGUCAAAAUCAGAAAAUCAGAAUUAUUGAUCACUGUAAGAAGAGCAAGCUGAUAUAGCAAAACUCCUGUUACUCCUGCCUAUACUUCUCAUCACUCCUCAUCACUCAACAGUGAUCCAAUCAGCUUAAACAGGGUAAGCAUUUUUACUAUAAUGAACACAGCAUGAAAUCACCAAGAGGGAAAAAGAUGCUCUGAGGAAAUGUGUAUGGAGAAGUGACAGGAAAAGUCCUCCAAGUGGUCCCACCAUGUGGUGAUUGGAAGGUCAAGGUGCCACCACUGGCAUCUAGAGUCAAUGCUUGAUGAAGAAAACCGAACAGUGUAUGAGAGCCAUGCAGAAACAAUUAUCCGGAGCCAAGGUCAGGAUGCGCAAGUCAUUCCUGCGCCGGAACACCUUUGUACUCUUUACUGUGGCAGCAGUUGUAGUUGGAAUCGUGUUGGGAUUUGUUCUGCGACCUCACAACUUACCACUGAGGGAAAUCAAAUAUUUCUCCUUCCCUGGGGAGUUACUGAUGAGGAUGUUACAGAUGUUAGUCCUCCCACUCAUCGUGUCCAGUCUUGUUACAGGUAUUUCCUCCUUGGAUAGUAGAGCUUCUGGAAAGAUGGGAGCACGGGCUAUCAUUUACUAUAUGGUGACCACUUUCAUUGCUGUGUUCAUCGGUAUUGUCAUGGUAAUCAUUAUACAACCUGGAAAAGGCAACAGAGACAGUUCAAUGUCCUCUAGUGGAAACAUUGAAUCAGUGCAAGCUGCUGAUGCCUUUCUGGAUCUUAUCAGAAAUAUGUUUCCACCUAAUUUAGUGGAAGCCUGUUUCAAACAGUACAAAACUCUUUACAAGAAAACUGUUUUGACCAAAGACAUCACUGUUUUAGUCAAUGCUAGUCAAGGAACCAAUGACACCAAGUACAGCCAAGUGGGAAAUAACAGCACAGUCCUGCAGACCAUCCAGGAGACAGUGGAGGAGAUGAUCCCAGUCUCAGGCUCCUCUAAUGGAGUGAAUGCUCUAGGUCUUGUGGUGUUUUCUAUCUUCUUUGGCUUGGUAAUUGGGAAUAUGAAGCAGCAGGGCCAGCCGCUGAAGGAAUUCUUUGAUUGCCUCAAUGAUGCCAUAAUGCGCUUAGUAGCAAUCAUAAUCUGGUAUGCACCAAUUGGGAUCCUCUUUCUAAUUGCUGGAAAGAUAAUUGAAAUGAAAGACCUGGCACAGGUUGGAGGGCAGCUGGGCAUGUACAUGGGCUGUGUCAUCAUUGGCUUACUCAUCCAUGGUCUCUUCAUUCUGCCCUUGCUCUUCUUCAUGAUUACUCAGAGGAACCCCUACACAUUUAUUGCUGGUCUAAUUCAGGCUUUGGUUACUGCCUUGGGAACAUCUUCCAGUUCUGCCACCCUUCCAAUCACAUUCCGAUGCUUAGAAGAGAACAACCACGUGGACAAACGUGUAACACGGUUUGUUUUGCCAGUGGGUGCCACCAUAAACAUGGAUGGUACAGCUCUGUAUGAAGCAGUGGCUGCCAUUUUCAUAGCCCAAGUUAAUGACAUGGACCUGAACUUCGGUCAAAUCCUCACCAUCAGUAUCACAGCUACUGCUGCCAGCAUCGGAGCAGCAGGUAUUCCUCAAGCUGGUCUGGUUACCAUGGUGAUUGUAUUGACAUCCGUGGGACUGCCCACCGAGGACAUAACACUCAUCAUUGCUGUGGAUUGGUUCUUGGAUCGCCUCAGAACCACUACCAACGUGCUGGGAGACUCCUUGGGAGCUGGUAUUGUGGAACAUCUGUCACGAAAGGAACUGCAGAGCCUGGACACAAAUAUUGGCAACUGUGAGAUUGAAGAAAACGAAAAGUCUUAUCAGCUCAUCUGCCAGGAGGACGACUGCCUCGGGCACCAAAACAGUGAAAGUACAAUGUAAAAAAAUCAUAAUACAGAUACCGGCAGCUAUGGAGAACAGCUAAAAACAUAUUGGAUGUUAUACCAUAUAUACAAUAUAGUAUAUUCACAAAUAAGUAAGCAUCCAACAAUUUUAGAAUAAGUAUCCAAAGAUUUUUCAUUUUUUUAAGUCAUGUUAUAUUACAUACCACAAUUCAACUCAACGAUGUUAGAAAAGGAUUCGCUGGAUAGUGGAGUGAUUUUAGUUACCAUAAAUAAUAUGACUAAAAACCUGUCAGUCAAUAAUUUAUGUCAAUUAUAAUCAUUCACUAUAAAGAAUAGAAUUUAUACUUUUAAUAACAAAUGCAUGACUUCUUUUUUGGGCCAGACUUUAUUAAAAAAAAAAUAUUUGUGUUAUUAAAUCAAGUGAUUCUGUAAUAUUUUGGUGGAAGUGCCAAUUAAAGUGAGAUGCGAAAGUGAGGUUACUGAAAAUAUGGAUAUGAAAAUCUUACCUCAUGUUUCGGCACAGAACUGUGCUUCAUUUUCACUUACGCUGUUGAUACAAAUAAUGAAAUAAAUAAAUGUUUAAACAACACAGAUUGUGGUUUAAUUCAUAUUUUAAGUUUGCAUUUACUGAUUUGAUUUUAGUAUAUUAUAUUGUUUCAUUUUAUAUGGAGUCAUGUUCUGAGUCAA